AUGGCGACUGUUUCUAUCAGUGCCCCCGGAUUAAGCAACGGGCUUCUUUAUAAUAAUGGCAACAAUAAUGCGCGAGUUUGCAUCACCUCCGAGACCAGCGAAUUUGACGACCAAACUAUCCAAGAUUGGCAGGAGGAAGGGUUCGAUGAAGGGCUGGGUGUCGGAGAGAAUUAUGCAGUGAUUGCAUUUGGAGAAGCGGCCAGCUACUGUCUGGAGUAUUACAGCAAGUCUUUCAACUGCAGUCGCCUUUGUGGUCUAAUCGCAUACUACCCGACCGUCAUUCCUGAUACUCGAACGAGCUUUGCCCUCUCCCUGCCUGUUUUGGUUCACCUGGCGGGCAAAACGAUCGAUGUCCUCGCACAACCACAAGCAUUGGGAUUGCAGGGGAAGAGGCGCCGCAAGACCAGACCAAUUCAACCUGGGCUCGGUACUGGUGAACGCAUGACACUUGCCUACCCGGCAUUCACCUACGAAUAUGCGGAGCCUGGGUUUGCCGAACACGACAUGGAGGAGUAUAACAAUCUGGCGGCAGAUAUUGCCUGGGCUCGGACUGUCAAAGCGUUGAGAAAGGGAUUUUCUCGAGACGAAGAUCUCGAAAAGCGCUGGGAUGAUCAUCAAGAAGCGAAAUUCUUUAGAUCAAAUUUGUCCAAGACGUUGGAGGGAUACGUCAAGAACAAAGUCCCAUCUGUGACAUAUACCUCGACGUUAUCCGGCGGGAUUGGCAACCAAGCUCUCCGCCGUUUCUACGGGCAGUUCUUCCUAGGAAAGCUUCCUUCUUCGAUGCGUAUCCGUCUGGUAUCACGAACAGCCGGAGCCGACCGCGUCGUGGACGAACUCUACAUUUCCUUCGAGCAUACUAAUGAAAUUCCAUGGAUGCUUCCCGGAGUACCACCGACCAACAAGAAUGUCGAAAUAAUGUUAGUUAGCAUCGUUAGCCUGCGCGGAGGGCGUCUUUACUCGGAACAUGUCUACUGGGACCAAGCAAGCGUGCUAGUCCAAGUCGGACUUCUCGACCCAAAACUUGCGCCCAAUAACCCCCACGGAAUCGACCGUCUUCCCGUCGUCGGUCGAGAUGCAGCCCGCCGCAUUCUUCAUGAAGAUACCGAGCUUGAACAAGAAGAUUAUCACAACCGUCUUAUUCGUCGGGCUCAUGCGCGCGCGAGAAAAGCUCGAAGCUCCAAGUCUUCACAGGCGCCGAAUGAAUCUGGGGCCGAAGGGAGGAGUGAGGUGGGAGGCUCACUACCUGUAAGGAACAAGGGCAAGGCUGUGCAAGAGGAAAAGCCGGAGCCAGAGCCAAAGCCAGACCAAGAGCAGGAGCAGGAGCAGGAGUCGCAGAGCACUGCGACGGAUAUUACUGAACACAUGAAUGCCGAUGAUGAUGAGGGUGCUGCUACUGAGACUGAAUCAACUGUUAAAUCGAAGGAGGAAAAUGUCGAUCACAAAGCAUUUGUGGAAGACGGGGAUUCUGGAGAUGAGAAUGGAAAUGGACAGUCUUAA